AUGGUCCUCCACCCACCAAAAGAAGAUGCAGAAGGCAAGGGGGAAACUGGACUCGAUCCGGGUGUCUUACAUGCAAAAGGCGAAGGAAGCGCUGCGACGAGGGUAAACCUAGGCUUGACCUGUGAAGGAUAUAGCUCCCUGUGGGCAGCUCCUCUUGGGCCAGCGCACCAGGCCUUCAAGAAUACUGGACCGGUCAAAUACCGUGGACUCAGUUCAUCGCCUGCUCCAUCACUCGGUUCAAUUGCAUCGUCAGGGACACUUGAGCAGACCUUCUCGGCAGCAGACCAUAUAUCUGCGGUCUCGCCGCCGCCCACAGAGCAAGAUGACGCCUCUGAAGCAGAAAACUGCAGUCGGGACCUGGUUCCCCUUGGCACCAAUCAAACAGCAGAGGUAGUUCAGGUGACUUCGACAACACCCUCCAAACUAAUCAGCCACCUCUCUAAUCUCGACACACACUACCUCCAAUACCACAUGGAACGGGGCUCAAAGCUUUUAGCCAAUCUUGAAACCGACGAAAAUCCUCUCCGUUCAUUGAUAAUCCCAAGGGCACUCUCAUCCCCCCUGCUUAUGAACGCCUUAUGUGCCCUAUCUGCAAUCCAUUUCUCCAAUCGUGCUCACUACAGCUGGUCUGCCGAGAAUGAAGGGGCUAAUUACUACAUCGACACAAUGCGUGGCCUAAGAACAACACUUGCGGUUUUCCAGGGAAGCUCUGUUCCAGAUGACGCCAUCCUUGCUGUUUCUCUUCUAUGCAAGUAUGAGAUUGUCCGGGGUAGCGUGAAGCAAUGGGCCGUGCAUCUAGAUGCUUUGCAGACGCUGGUCGUCUCCCGCGGAGGGCUCACUCAGCUUGCUCCGGAAACUGCCGAGUUCAUACGGGGACUUUUCGUCUACGCAAACAGCCUAGCAAAGCUCACCGACCGAAAAACCUUACUCAAACCACCCAUCCCAGUAUUUGAUAUUGCCAAGCCCCGCAAACUAGAUAUCUACAUCGGGUACACGGAGGAAAUUAUCAAGACGUGUGCGCGGAUAGCGGAUCUGCCUAAUUUAGCUUCAGACCCGGUAGCCUUAGGGCUUGAAGUCAAGAUGAUAGACAAACUCCUCCACACAUGGACUUCGACCAAAACAACCUAUAUCGUCCCCAAAGGCAUAACUCAAGCCACUCUCUCCCGCCUGCGCCUGGUAGCAGAGUCCUUCCGUGACGCCGCAUACAUCUAUCUCCACUCAGUCCUAGAACAAAUGACCACGUUCACAUCCUCACCGAAUCCUAUUCGCGAAUCGAAACACCCCAUCUCGGUAUCCAAAACCAGCGCCAUAACAUCUCUCCUCACGCGUCUGAAAAUCCAACCUAUCGACAAAAACUGCGAGUUCUCGGCGCUGACAUUCCCGCUCUUUAUUGCUGGUUGCGAGACGAACAGCAAGGAAGAUAGGGAGUUUGUCUUGGAUAUGUUGAGCGUUGUCGAGAAGAACUUUGGAAUCGGGAAUGUGAAGAGGGCGAAGGAGGUGCUGGGGCUAGUUUGGGGGGUUUUGGGUGAAAAUGGGGUCGAUGGAGACGGGAAGACGCACUGGGCUGACGUGCUUGACGGGUUGGGUUGGGAUUUGAUCCUUGCGUGA